GUUUUUAUCAUUGAUCAUCAAACGAAUCGGCCAAUUAGGUUUUGGAUUCCAUAGAACAAGUUCUUCAUCAGUGACGUGCGGAGAAGUUUUGAUCGAAGAAAAUAAUUGAGAUUAGGGAACGGUUACAAAUUCCAAUAGGGAUUGGUUCUGUUUGGCAAAGCUUGAAGAAAUCUGUUGUCGUAUUGAUCUCUCUUCUUAUUGUCUAGGGUUUUUGUUGUCAACAAUGCAGAAGCUUGACCUAGUUAGGGAAAAUCUAUACCUAGGCGAUAUAUGCGCAGCUGCUGAAAUUCUCAAGAAUGGUAGCUCUGAGAUUUCACACCUUCUUACAGUUUUUCACUGCCCUUCCAUAUCUGUCUUCGAGGAAUGGCGCAACGUGAAACUUGACUCAAAACAAAUCAAGGAAGUGUAUGUUGGUGAUGAUGAUCAAGAUGACUCAUUACAAGGCAAAGAGUUUGCGACAGAGAGUGCAUUGCCAUCAGGCAAUCUUUUAUAUUCUCUUGAGCAUACUGGGAAACAUCUCAAGUUUACAAGAAUGGUUGUGUUUGCUUAUGAUCAAGAAUGGGAGAAUCUGCUUGAUUUUUUCGAUAUUUGUUUGGAUUUUAUCGAUGCUGGUCGAAAAGAGAAAGGUGUUUUAGUUCAUUGCUUUGCUGGACAAUCUCGGAGUGCUUCUAUGGUCAUUGCGUAUCUGAUGAGAACCGAAAAGCUUUCUCGAGAAGAAGCUUUAGCAUCAUUGAGACAAUCCGCUCAGGCUAGUCCCAAUCCUGGCUUCUUAAAACAGUUAGAUGUGUUUGAGAGGAUGAACUUCAAAGUCGACCGUUCCAGCGCUAUUUACAAGCACUUCCGUCUAAAAGCUUUAGGUUACUUAUAUAGCAAGGAUAAGAAAUUUGACAGAUUAAAGUUGAGAGAUGAUCCAGAAAUGUCGAAUGAUGAGAGUAGUGGUGGUAGUACGUAUCAUUGUAAGAAAUGCAGGAGGAUUUUGUUGUUUCAGGAGCACGUUAUUGAUCAUACUCCAGGUGAGGCUGAUUCAGAAUUGGAUGACAUGUUCAAAAACAUGAUAGGAGAGGUUCACAACAAGAAUCCUGGUGAUCAGAACCAAUGUACUUCCAUAUUCAUAGAACCUAUCAAUUGGAUGAACACAGUGGAAGAUGUUGUGUCGGAAGGGAAGUUGUUGUGCCCUACGUGUAAAGCUAAGGUUGGAAGCUUUGACUGGUCGGGAAGUUAUUGUAGUUGUGGAAGCAAGAUUGUUCCGGCGUUUCAACUUCAGAUGAGCCGUGUUGAUGUUAUCACUGUGAAAGAUGACGUGAAGAAGAAGAAGAAGAAGAAUAAGCAUGAUAAGAAAAUAAUCUAAGUGUCUGCAAUAAUUUCGAACCUUACGGAUCCAAGAACUCAGCUUUGCAUCAUCAGAUCAAGUAGCUCUCUUCUUGCUUAGUAAACAUGCGUUUUUUGG